UUAGAAAAUUCUAUCAAAAAUAAAAGUUUAUAAAAAUCUACUAAUUUCUUUCAUCACAGAAUUAGAGUGAGAAAUCACACCAUUGAGAAGGUAGAAGACGAAUCAGUUCUACAAGGGGCCGGGGCUCAUAUUUUUAUUGAAGAGAGAAUGUGUUAAUUGAAGGAGGAGAGAAAGAGAGACUCCUAUCAUGGGGGACAUGGCUAUGUCUCGUGGGUUGAGAUUGAAGGAGAAAAAUAUUUUUUGGGGAAUGUUUUUUAUCAUUCUUAUCCAUGGAAUAGUUGAUGGAAAACUUAUAAAUAGAGAGAAGUUGAUAGAAAUAAAUAAGAAGCUAAAGCAAAUCAAUCGGCCAGCAGUGAAGAGCAUUCAGAGUGAAGAUGGAGAUAUUAUUGAUUGUGUUGAUAUCUAUAAGCAACCUGCCUUUGAUCAUCCUGCACUAAAGAAUCACACCAUUCAGAUGAGACCCAGUUAUGAUCCAGCCUUGGAGACAAGUGUGAAGAAAGAUGAGGUUCAUGGAUCAUUAGAGGCAUCACAGCUAUGGCGUAAGAGUGGAAGUUGCCCAGAAGGAACAAUUCCUAUUCGUAGAAUCCGGAAGCAGGACCUUCUCAGAGCAGCUUCUCUUGAAGAUUUUGGAAGGAAGAACCCAAGCUUUUCUACUAUAGCUGGAGACAUUCACCAAAAUAGUGGCAAUAACUAUACAAUAAAAGCAUAUAAUAAAGCAGCCAAUCAUUCGACAAUGCAGAUGAGACCCAGUUAUGAUCCAGCCUUGGAGACAAGUGUGAAGAAAGAUGAGGUUAAUGGAUCAUUAGAGGCAUCACAGCUAUGGCGUAAGAGUGGAAGUUGCCCAGAAGGAACAAUUCCUAUUCGUAGAAUCCGGAAGCAAGACCUUCUCAGAGCAGCUUCUCUUGAAGAUUUUGGAAGGAAGAACCCAGGCUUUUCUACUAUAGCUGGAGACAUUCACCAAAAUGGUGGCAAUAACUUUUCAACAAAAGCAUAUAAUAAAGCUGCCGGUCAUUCGGUGGCAAUGCUAUUUUCUCAAGAUGCUACAUACGGAGCUCAAGGAGAUAUAAAUGUCUGGAACCCUAAUGUUGCAUCAGACGAUGAGUAUAGUGCUGCUGAGAUUGUCAUUAAGGACGGACCUUACAUUGAUUUUGAAAGUGUUGAAUCUGGAUGGAUGGUGAACCCGAAAAUUUACGGGGAUAAGCGUACACGGUUCUUUGCAUAUUGGACUACUGAUGCAUCAAAGAAGACGGGUUGUUUCGAUCUCACUUGUCCUGGUUUUGUUCAAACUAGCAGGUCAAUAGUCCUUGGUGCUGGGAUUAGUCCUGUUUCAGUCAUUAAUGGAGCUCAAUAUCAUAUAUCUAUAUCCAUUCAAAUGGAUAAAAACACUGGACAGUGGUGGUUGAGAUAUGGAGCCCAAACCAUUGGAUAUUGGCCCAAGAGUUUAUUUGUGGGAUUAAGUCAUAUGGGAUCUUCAGUUGAGUGGGGAGGUGAUGUGAAGAGCUCACAUAUAGGGCAGACUCAUCCUCAUACAGGCACAGACAUGGGGAGUGGACGCAAGGCAGGGGAUGGAUUUGGCGUUGGUUGCUUAAUUAACAAUAUAAGGACUAUGGAUAGCUCAUUUACCUUCAAGUUCCCUCGUUAUCAUUCCCCUUACACUGAUGAAGAAAACUGUUACAACACCUAUUACCGGGCAGACGAUAUCGUGGAACCUGAAUUCUACUUUGGAGGGCCAGGUUACGAUGAGAAGAGUUGCCCAUGAAUGAAACUAGUUGUGGUAUCUUAGUGAGUUUCAAUCACUGAUGUGUUUAUUUGAAGCUUAAAACUUUUUAAUAACUGGGAUUUCUAGCUAUGGUUUUCCUCUUCUCCCAAGUGUAUUGGUUGUUGGUACUAGUAUGCAACAGUGUCUCUAUACUGUUUAGGGCCUUUUGGCUCAAUAAAUCUUUGAAAAGAUUUUCAAUAGGUCAA